CUUAGGCUCUGGUGAAGCACAACGGGCUUGCGAGGUGAGUAUUACAGUUGUUCAGAAUCAUGGGCUGUUUUGCUCGCCAAGCAGGCGCCUUUGACCAAUGGUCGGAUAGGUUCCUACAUGGGAUGUAGAGAUUUCUCAGGAUGGCUUUCCUCUUGGAAGAUGCGGCGCGCUUGGCUGCCAUCGCACCCCCAAAUGAGCGCCUCAUUUCUACUUGUCAUGACCUGCUUGCGUACGCUGGUAAGCAGGGAAUGUCCCUCGCAGAACUGUGCGAUCACAUUCGACGCACUGGAAAGUGUCCUCUUCCAGGGGAUGAUGCGAAAGCUCGCAAACUGGUGGAAGAAGCGCUGUCGAGCAGCGACCAAUUCGUGCUGUUCUUGAACCGCUACACACUGCGGAGCGUUUUUGUGACUGGCUCAGAGCUCCGGAGGGGGGCGCCGCAGAAUGUUGUUGCGGUGCAAAGCGACGGACGCGCCAGCAGUGUGAGUGGGUGCCAUCACAGAGAUGGGGAUGUGGAAAAUGGGGGGGACUGUGGCAUGGCCGUGGCUGCAUUCCGCAAUCAACAUGAUAAAGAGAGCCCUGGGGAAAACUUGGAAGAAGCGCGUUGCAAAUCGGGGAGUGGCGUUGCUGGCGCCGAGUGCAAGGAGGUGCUGUCUGGUGGGGGGGUGGCAAUGAGCUCUCCUGGCAGUGCUCACAAACGCAAAGGAGAGAGGGGGAGUGCAGGAACGGAGGAACGGGGUCUUCUGCGCUGUUUUGCGACGCUGGAUUUGAAACUGAACGCGCCUCCAGACAGUGGGGAAGAAGCUGGAAGAGCAGAGCCUGAGCUGGACCAGGGUGCAUCAACUACCUUCAAAAUCCCAACCGGGCAGCAGCACGAUUGGGGGCCCCACAAGGCGUUCCCGUUUGACGGGAUAGAUAACCAGUUGGGCAAUGUUGUGGAUCUCAAGUCUGCUGUCCCGGGAGGGGAGUGGAGCAACGCCCAGCUCAAGUUGCUUCGUGGCUGUGGGUCCCGGGAAAACAUGCCGCUGACCAGCUUCGUCCUAGGGAAGUCUCGCAUGACUGACGAUCGCUCUCUCCUGCCCACCGCUCGGGACCGCAAGCCAGCCACCCCCCUGGAACGGUCCUCUGAGUUCCUCGCAGACAGCACCCCAUCACAACGUCCUUCCCAGCCGGGAAACCCCCUCACAAGCCCCUCGCCCCCUGAUAAGCUUGCCGGCGCUUUAGGCCUGCUGCAGGCAUAUGACAGCGAUGAAGAGGGAGCUUCCGAUGAGCGGAGUGACAGCGGCGAGAGGGGGACUCGAGAAGUGCUCACCAGCGCUGAUCUCCAGCGAGCGGGGGUCUCAGGCACAAAGUCGUCUGGAAUCGUUGAAGAUGAGGGGCAAAGCGCCGAGGAAGAGAGUGGUGUCGUGGGGCGGUCUGCCUGCAAGCGGUGUGGGGUUUCCAUUCCAGGGGGGAGGAAGGUGUGCGACGAGCACAGCGGCUGGGCCAGUCGGAGGCCCUCGAAACGGCGGCCUUUACCCCCUGAAAAGGAGGACUCUAGCGAGGGGGACGAGUCUGGUCUGGGAGCAGAGGAGUCGGAACCCCCCUUGGCGAAGUGCAAGCGCUGUGAGGACGAAGUAGAGCCUGGGUUGCGGCUGUGUGCGAAGCACAAUUCCUGGACGAGAAGGCGGCAGAUUGCGCAAGAAGCUGACGAAAGGGGGGCAAAGGCGGGUGGGGUUUCGCUUCCGGGGGAUCCCUCAAGUGCGGAAGAGAAGUGUUACAUUGUGGUGGGAGACAGGCGCAACUUCUGUGAAUCACACGGCCAGCGGGCGGAGCUUUGCAAGGAGGCUGAAACGGAGAAACUGACAACGAGGUCGCUAAAAGAAGAAGCGAAGGGCGCUGUGAAAACCAGAUCAGGAGCGAGGGAGGUAGAGGGGGUGAAAGCGCGGAAGGAAACGGAUGCUGUGGUUGGGUAUAAGAGGAAAAGGGAGAGCACCUCCAAAGGGAAGUGCGAAAAGUGUGAGAGGGACGCUAGGCCCGGGUCGACUCUGUGCAAGUGGCAUAAGGGCGGGGUAACGAGGUCUGAAAGGGACAAGCGAUUGAGGAAAUGCGAGAAAUGUGAGAGGGACGUUACACCCGGAUCGGCUCUGUGCGCGUACCAUAAGGCCUGGGUUACGAGGACCCAAAGGAACAAGGAAAGGAGGAUGCGCCUGCAGAUGGAGGAACAAGACGAGGAUCGUGAAGAACGGCGGCAAUCCGCAAAGGGGGGGGCAGCGGCAGGGGCGGAAACAGGGGGUGAGGAGAGGCCGACGUGUAGGCAUUACGCGCAUGGCAAGAGGACGUGCAUUCGGCCCAGGUUGGAGGGGUCGAAGCUGUGUCGGGAACACUAUGCCUGCCUCCCCGGCGCGAAGAGGCUGACUAUGGGUGAAGAGCCGACGAGACCGGCGCCGACGGUGGGGGUGAAGAGACGAGCGUCUGGGGAGCCAAACCGGUCGGAAAAGAGAAGAAAGGUGAACGACGAUGAGAAGCGGGUGGCAGCGAAGACGUUGCGCGAAGUAAAGAAGCUCGGCGGGAUGUCGGUGGCGCUCGAGAGCGGGAAACGGAAGGCGGCAGACGCGGUGCGGGCCAAGUACGCGGGGCAGAGGGCCAAGCGGGCGAGGAAAGGAGCGGCCGGCGGGAAGGGUUCGCCGCUGCUGACGUCACCGCCAGGAAGGGGUGACGUCAGCGGUAAAAGGGUGGCCGGUGCGGACGUGGAAAGAAGGUGCGUUGUAAGGGACGGAAAGCGGACCUGGCAGUGUCGGGAGGCGGCAGUUGCCGGCGAGAGGCGGUGCCGCCACCAUGCCGACCAGUACGAGGAGUACAAGCGGCGGUGGCAAGCGAAGGCGCAGCUCGCCAGAGAGGAACGGGUCGGGGGUGUGACGUCAUCCGCCAAUGCGGCUGGCAGCAAGGGGCGCAAGAGAGAAAAGGGGGAGAUCGUUCGGGUGUCCCGGGGGGGCAGAUCGAGCGGUGGCGGUGCAGGGGGGUGCGUUGAUUGUCGCAAGCCGGCUCUAAGAGGCAGGGUGCGGUGCAGAGAUUGUAAUGACGCGAACAACCGGCAAUCCGCGUUGUGGCGCGCUAGGCAGAGAGGGGCGAGAGACGGGGGCCAGGGCGGGACGCAGGAAAAGGCAGCAAGCAAGGGUGUUGGGAAGAAAGCCGCGGGGACACCGAAGCGAGGGAAAGUGGUGCUGGUGACCGGGGAGCGAAAGUGCACGAACUGCAAAUCACCAGCCCUGGAGGGGAAGCCGAAAUGCGCGAAGCACGCCGAGAUACAGAGGCUAUACUGGAAGCGCUGGUACGCGGCGAGGAAAUCGGCGGGGCAGGCGGCAAAGGGUCCGCUGAAAAGGAAAGCCGGCCAGAGGAAAGUCUUGGGCAGGGAAGGUGCGAAUAGCGUCACCGCUGCUGAACGGCAGGGAAGGAUGAGAUCGGACAUUUUGGAAGUGAGCGAAAGCGGUGUUACGGAGACAGGCGGUAGGAAGGCCGGUGGGGGUGCGAGCGCAAGUCCCCCUGUUGGGGGGACGCCAGCCGAGCCUGUGGACCCCCCUGCUGGAGAAACAAAGGAGGGGGCAGCGUUGUUUAGGCGUUGUCAACGGGAAAGGAUCGUAAAGGGUGAGCUUGUGCCGUGCGGGAACGAAGCGGAAGAAGGGGAGGAGUUGUGUGAGCUUCAUUCGGAUUGGAUGCAGCAGCAGCUGGCCAAGAGACGGGCAAAAGUGGUCGGAUCGCCGGAAAAGGGAAGCGGAACCGCGGUGGGGCGGGAGAAAGAGGGAGCGGAAGAAGCGAAGGACGGAACGCUGGGGAACGGAAGCGGAAACGGGGUGGGGCGAACGGCACAGGGAGCGGAAGAGGCAGGGGACGGAAAGCUGGGGAAAAAACUUGGCAGUAGGUUGGGGCGGAAGAAACAGGGAGCGGAAGAAGCAAACGACGGAACGCUGGAGGACGGAAACGAAAAGGGGCUGGGGCGAACGAAGGAGGGAUCGGAGGAAGCGGACGACGGAAGUAGGGAGGACCAGCGGAUCGAGGAAACGGGAAACGGAGCGGCUCUCUUGCCGGAAUUGAAGCAAGGUGAGGAGGUCCUCGGCGCCCGCGGCACGAGGGCAAAGCGCACACGUGGGCCGUUCUCGCGCUCCCCAUGCCACGUGUCAGCUCCGUGGAGCCCCACGGCCGGGCGACUGCCGAAACAUCUGGUCGGGUAGCCCCCCCGGGGCUAAUCGUUCUGCACGGCCCGCCUCCGGAAGAAAUACGGCGAGUGAUAGGAGAGGCCUUUUCCGGAGAGGGGGGGUCGUUACACAGCGGGUCCGACCUGGGGGUCGGGGCAGCAGGUGCGUCAGUAGGGGGAUCCGUCGCCGAAAAGGGGGGGCCCACUAAAGCGGAGAGCCGCCCCCCCGGGCCGGCGAGCUGGAGGGCGGAUUGGCAGAAAGCUUCUGCCGGGAAAAAGCUGAUGCUGCACGCUGUGAGGGGCUUCGGUGCGGGCGAGAAAUGGAGGGGGGGCAGCGGCUGACCAUUAGAACCAGCUGGGCUGCCAUUCAUUACCGCGGGAUGGCGUUCAAGAUUGACCGACAUGUAUGUAUUUUCGGAGGUCGGCAAUCUGUAGACUAUCAGAAACCAAUAGUGUGCCGUAAGGACGAGCUGGCCCUGAAAGAUUACUGCAAAGAAUUUUAAACAUACUGCUCUGAGAUUCCAAAAGCACGCUCUAAACCGCGGUAUUGAGCAGGUAUUGACGGUCUCAAAUAUGUUUCUGAUGGAUGCGAUUGAUGACGUUAGAGUAGCUUUGACAUCUUCAAUGUACGAGCUCUGGAUAGGCAGUCUCAUCAAGCA